AUGUUUCGCUCUGCCCUUCCAUAUAUCACGUUGCUACGACUAACUAAUCAGCACUUGUUACGAAGACUGAGCACUUGCGAAGAGAUUGACCUGAGCAAACCGUGUACGGUAAUUUAUAAAAGCGGCACAGUUGCUUGCUGGCAUCCGGAGAGGUCGUUUCCCUACGAACAUUCCAAACCCAUUGAUUUAAAAGAAAUAGAAACGGAGAAACAGAGUUCAGGUGCGCUAAAUAAAGAGACCGAGUGCAUUACUGAUUUAGGGGGUUCAGUUGCACGUAUAGGUCCUCGUAAUUAUAUACUCCGUGAAAUAUUCUAUACUGGCAAGCACGAGUGGUAUACAAGGUACCGUGAGGAAAGAUUGCGCUCUGUGGCGGCACCUGACCCGAAGAGACGGGAGUGA